GGUGGAGAAGACAAAACCCAUCGUAGCUGUUAAGGCCCUGAUGCCAUGUAUGUCAAAUCAGUAUCUUUGGAUGAUCAUGAAUUUAUUAUAAAAAGACAACAUGUACUCAUGUCCAGAAUGAUAAAAGCCAUAUUGAGGGGCCUGGGUCAGUUUGCUGAGAAUGAAAUUAAAGAAGUCAGUUUUAGAGUAAACUCUUCACAUGUGCUAGCAAAAGUACACGCGUGUCCUAGCUAUGUGGUUGGCUACACUAACAACUCCACGGAGAUUCCUGAAUUCCCAACUGCGCCUAAAAUUGCAGGGGAACUGCUAAUGGCAGCCAACUUCCCAGAUUGUUAA